GACUUUUACGUUUUACCGUUUUACGUUUUACGUUUGACCGUUGAUCGUUUCGUUCAUUCGCUAGUCGUUUACCUCGUUUACUUAUUUAGUUUGCGCCUCGACCACCGGGAUCGAUACUCUGGAGCAACGACACAUCGAUCACGUAAGCAUGUCGCGUGAAUCUUGCGUCGGUCGUAUGUAUAAUAUUAUCGUCGCAUCGAGGAGACACGCGGUCGUUAAGUAGUGCAAUCGUCAUUCGCGUCAAUUGUUUAAUAUCGAGGUUCCAAAGUACGGAAACGAAAACGAAAGCAAAAUGCGUACAACCAUCGAAGAGGAUAACUAUAUAUCGAGUCAUUCUGGCAAGUUCAAACUAUCUUUAUAAGCUAUGUUUCUAAGCGUUUUAAGCGUUUUAAGCGACAAUCACGGAGAAAAGCGCGACACGCUUAUUAUUAUUAUAUAUUUUAAUUAUUAUUAUUUAAUAUGUUAAUUGUCCACAGAUAUGAGUUUUCCAAAACUUUUAAAGUUUGAAACUUUGACGUUGAAAUGAAAACGUCUUGUGGAAAAAUUCUAUUCCACACGUUCGACCUAUUUUCACACGUAGAACGACUUGCUGCUAAUCAUUUAUUCUGUCUGGAUCGGAAUCGGUCGUGUUCGAGCAUAAGCUCGUUAAUCGAUAAUCAAAAACUGGAUUUUCUCGAAAACGAAGCGUCAUGCGGAAAAAAUGCUACUUGGACGUUUCCAAUUUGUACAACGAUGAUUAAUUGAGGGUGAUUUAGGAACAAAAUAAAAUUGUGAAACAGGUGUGUGCAAAUAUUCCAAUACGAUAACAAACCAUCUUUAUGUGUUGCAAGUCACGCCAUUUUCGUGAAAGAACUUUGCGAUCUGUGGUUUUUUUUAGCGAUUGUUUCCCAUUUACAUUUCGCUGCUGUAAUAAUCCGUACUCGUAAUAAAAUAAAUUUUCACGACAAGGCACAUACGAAUACUAAGGUGUCUGUUGGUCGACUGGAAGCGCGCAGUGUCUUCCACGUGUCCCAGUCAGGCACGCUUUUCAUUAUUCAAGAACAGUAUAGCACUUAUACACGUAUAUGUAUACGCAGUAUGUCGUGUCAUGUGAAGAAAGAAAGUAACGAAAUUUUCUGGUCAGUGCGACCGACCGAUCAAGCCCGAAUUAUUCGUUUAAAGGAGAAAUAAUUUAAACAAAGAUGGGAAAAUCGGAUUUGAAAAUUUGUUUGGCAUAUGCGAAUUCGACUAAUUAGGAACUGACUGCGAGUAAACGGUCGGCAGUAGAUUAUUUCACAUAUGCGCUCACGCGAGAAAAAAUGAAAAACGUAGAACACAAUUUCUCCUCAAACCUCAAGUUUAAGCCUCGAGUUUCGAAAAAGAAGAAAAAGAAAAAAAAAAGACAAAAGAAUGGAAUUUAAACGCGUUACGAUAAGAGAAACGGCGAGAUUUGAAAAUCUGUCGUGUCUCGAUUAAAAUAAAAUUUCUCUCUUUAUGUUCGGUAUCCGUGCUUUAUUGCUGACUCGGGACAGUCAUUGAAUCUUUUGUUAUACGAACGAGCCUGGAAUUCGAUAUCGAAUCACCAAUGUAGCGCAGGCAAACGAGUGGCUUAGUUAGACGUUGGACAUUGUUUGCCUGCAAUUGUAAACCUUCUUAAACGUAAAGUUAUAUAAUCCUAAUAAUUGGUUAAUAUUAUUUACAGCUGAACGCAUUAUAGUGGAAACGUCGAUCGACCUUUCUGUCUUUGAUUCGUGGACAAUUCACGGACAAAUACCAGCGCGAUUGGCACAGCUGCUGACACAAUGUAUUUUGCGAAUCGCAGGGACAAAGUUAGUCGGUAUAUCGACGUGUUGCGCGAUCGAUCAUGUCGCGUAAAAUCAUUACUGACACGAUGGACAAACCGGCGUUGAUACUUUCCUUUUUUCUCUUCUUCGCUUCAGCCGCCUCUGCCAGCGAUACGCGUACAACGGAGCUCAGUUGCAGCGGUCGUGCUUAUUACAACGUGACUCUGACCGCUUAUUAUCCCGUUUUUGAUAGUGACAACGAGUUUGACUAUUUGGAUGCUAGAACGAGGAAACUGAGGAAUCUACAGGAUUAUCUGGAUGGUCGUGCAGAAUUUGUGACAGUCUCCAUGGACCUGGAUUCCGGGAUACCAUAUGGCACAAAAUUGUGCAUUCCCGAAUUAAACGAAAAAUUCUUACGGCCAAUUCCGCUUCAGGCUAGAGACAAAAGCCGCUACAACGACGUUAGCAGGAAUUCGCCCGAUUUCUCUCACGUGGACAUUUGCGUUAGAACGGAGCAAGAUACUUACGAUAAUUCAGUGAAUGGUAUCGUAACGCUUUACGUGCAAUUGGUAGAAAAAUGAUUUCAUGAAAAUUGCGAGGAAUCGACGAGACGCAACGUCUGAGAACUGCGAUGCGAACAACGUUUACUUCUUUUCGAAAACAUGUACGAUACAGCGUCUAAAAUAAAUCGAUUAUGCAACGA